CAGGGCCGGUGGCCGCGUCGGAGGUCCCAUGCGCCGCCGCCCCGCCCGGGGAGGAGUGAUGGCGCGGCGCGCAGCGAGGCCAGGGGCGCCGCCUCCUCCCUGGACUUGCUGCUGGCCCUGCAGGACAGCCUCGCCGCCAGAGAGGAGGCGUGGUCGCGCCUGGCGGAGCUGCAGCGCCUCGGGCGCGGCGGCCCCGCCCGCGCGGCGCCGGCCCGGGCGGAGGCGCCCGCCCGGGCGGAGGGCGGGGCCCGAGAUGAAGUGGAGGAGCUGCGGCGGCGGCUCCGCGAGAGCGAGGAGGCGCGCAAGGCCGACGGAGCUGCGCUGCGGGCUCGGGUGGCGGAGCUGGAGCGCCGCCUCGCGGAGUCUCGGGCGGCUGCGGCCGCCGUCGGGUCCCGCCC